CAGGGAUUCAACUUUCAAGCAGCGCUAGGGUGCUCCCAGGCUUAGCGCAUGCGCGUUUAAAGAAAUCCAUUAUCAUGUCAAAGCAUAGAAAUGAAACUGUUCCUCUGAAAACUACCUGAUGAAGUUGUGAACGAACAGCUCGUUUUCGCAGCCUGUUCGGGAGCCACCUGACAACCGCUCACAUGAUUUCAACAACUACUGCAACCGACAUUGAUUACAACACCGACAUAUUUUCUUAAAGUGUCCGUGUAGGUGAGGUUUGGACCACCGGGGUGUCUCCGAGGGGAUAUUUCUACAACAAGAAACCAAAACAAACAUGUUUGGUAAGAAGAAGAGAGCACCGCAGCCCAAAGGCCAGGGCGCCGCUGCUGCCAAGCAGAUGGGUCUGUUUGUAGACCUGAACCCCGAGGAGAUGAUGAUGGGCAUGGACGGAAACCUGGACGACCCGGAUUUGGAGGCGGAACUUGCUGCUAUUACUGGAAAAAAGGCUGCUGCAGGAGGAAAAGCCAGGCAGAAGGGGAAAAGUCCCCUACCCAUGGAAGAUAUCGCAAGAAUGGCAGACGAGUGUAUGAAGGACCUGGAUGAUGAUGAUGACGACAAUGUCGAAGACGAUGAAGACCUGUUGGCAGAGCUACAGGAAGUGGUGGGUGAGGAGGAAGCUGAGGAUGUUUCCUCCACAUCCUCUGCCCCUGCUGAAUCUUCUAAGGGUGAAACACCAGAGUCCCCAGCGGCACAGGAGGAAGUAAAAGUCUCUGCGGCAGCCCCCGGCAGCCUCCAACACACCCUGGAGGAGAGGUUGGCAAUGUACAAGACAGCCCUGCAAAACGCCAAGACAGCAGGGGAGUCCUCAAAAGCCAGGAGAUAUGAUCGUGGUCUGAAGACGUUGGAGUCAAUGUUGGGUGCUGUGAAAAAAGGAAGGCCUGUAAAUGAGGCAGAGAUCCCGCCGCCUGUUGCCACCGGAGCCCCGAGCGCUGCCCCGCGACCAGCUGUGCCUGCAAGGCCUGCUCCCCCUGUACCAUUGCCACCUCAGCCCUCUCAGUCACGGGAGUCGGAGGCCACAUCACCACAGUCACCUGCCGCGCCCGAUGUCAUCACACCCAGCAGCGAGGAGGAGCAAUCGUCUUCUGCUGCUCUAUCCACUCUGAGCAGCCUCCCAUCUCCUCAGGAGCAAACCGAUGAGGAAGCUGCUGACGUUUCACAAUCAGAUGCCAACAAGGCCACCAAGAAGAUGCUUUUGGAGAGACAGCAAGAGUACAAGAUGGCAGCGCUGAGAGCCAAGAAGCAAGGAGAUGUGGAGCAAGCUAAGCUUUACUUCAAGACCAGCAAGAGUUUCGAUGCAGCGAUCGAGGCGUUGGAAAAAGGACAGUCAGUGGAUCUGAGUGGCCUUCCUUCACCUCCAGGACAGGGAGGAAGCUCCGCUCCGGUGGCUGCAGCUCCCGCUGGUCAAAGCACACAGCCGACCCCGCCGGCUGCAGUAGCUCCAGCCCCUUCAGCUCCUAAAGAUGUGCUGGAGGCUCUCGAGCAGAGACGAGCCAAGUACACGGAGGCGUCUGCACAGGCCAAGGCCAGCGGAGACGACCGCAAGGCCCGAAUGCACGACCGUAUUGCCAAGCAAUACCAGAGCGCCAUCCGCGCUCACAAAGCAGGAAAAGCAGUCAACUUUGACGAGCUGCCGGUUCCCCCUGGCUUUCCUCCGAUCCCUGGCCAGAAGGCAGUGGGAGCUGAGCAGGGGAUUGUUGCUGCUCUGGAGGCAGCUAAUAAGCUUGCCUCUAGUGAUGCUGCUGAAGUUGCAGAUGAGGAAGAGGAUGAGACAAAGGAAGAAUUGGCAAAGCCUGCUGCUCCUGAAGAGCCAAAGAAGCCCACUUUAGACAUUCCCACAGCAGGUCACGAACAGAAGAGGACUCCGUCAGCUUCACCUGACAGGACAACCAUCGGAGAAGGACUCUCACAAACAGCUGUUCAGCAGCUGGAGUUCUUGGAGGGUCGAAAGAAGCAAUACAUGAAGGCUGCGCUGCAGGCGAAGCAGAAAAAUGAUAUGGAGCAGGCAAAGAUUUUUCUCCGCACCGCCAAGAGCUUCGAGCCCAUGAUCGAGGCGGCACGCAGCGGCAAAACUGUGGACAUCAGCACGGUGCCGUCGCCUCCUGGUGACGAAGACGAAGACUUCAUCCUGGUCCACCACAGCGACGUGCAGAUCUCAGAGAAAGCCGAGGAAGUUUACACGCAGCUGGCCAAGAUCCUGAAAGAGCAGCACGAGAAAUGUUUAACUUACUCCGAGCAGUUCAAACACCUGGGAAACGUCACUGAAACAACAAAGUUUGAGAAAAUGGCUGAAAGCUGUAAGAAGAGUAUGGAAGUCUUGAAGUUGGCUCAGUCGAGGGGUCUGCCUCCUCCUAAACAUCAUUUCGAGGAGAAGUCAUUUCGCAUAGCCAAGAUAUUUCCAGAGCUGAGCAGCACUGACAUGGUUGUUAUUAUCGUAAAAGGGAUGAAUCUUCCUGCUCCUAGUGGAAUCCAAGCAAACGAUCUGGAUGCUUACGUCAAGUUUGAGUUCCCCUAUCCCAGCACGGAGCAGCCACAGAAACUCAAAACAGCUGUCAUCAAGAACACUAACUCCCCAGAAUACAACCAGAGUUUCAAGCUUCAAAUCAGCCGCAACCAUCGCGGCUUCAGGAGGGUGGUGACGGCUAAAGGCCUCAAGCUAGAGCUGCUGCACAAAGGCGGUUUCUUACGGAGCGACAAGCCGAUCGGAACAGCCCUGCUGAAGCUGGACAAGCUGGAGUCACACAGUGAAAUCAGGGAGAUUGUCGAGGUGAUGGACGGACGGAAACCCACAGGGGGUCGCAUUGAAGUGAAGGUCAGACUGCGGGAGCCUCUUAGCGGUCAGGACAUGCAGACCAGCACGGAGCGCUGGCUGGUGAUCGACCAGUCGCAGGUUCUUGUUUAGAUGUUACUGCAAGACUGAAGAUGAAGUGCGAGAAGAAGAUGUAAGGAACUCAAUCAAAAACACUCAGAGGGAGAAGAGGAGGAGAUGAUGAAGGUGGUUUGGGAAGUUCUGAAGACGGUCUGUUGUUCAGUUUGGACUCAGACCUACACGGGUCUUGUAGUAUCUUUUGCACAUUUGCACGACACACACGCUCCCCUUCACUCAGCAGGAGACACGGAGCUGCCUUAUGGAGACGUGAACCUCGUGUCUGCCUCCACCGGAAGGCGAUGAGGGCCUCUCUUUGAGAUUGAAAAACACUCAGGCAAAGAUCACAGCUGCCUAAACUGUUUCCUGAUGUGUGGGUCCGGCAUGGUGUCCUUUGCGAGUGACAAAGGGGACCGGUGUCGAGUUAAGCUGAUCCUGCUGCCUGACGUAACUUUUAGUUAAUAUAUCAAAGAAUGUGUAAAUAGUCCUUGUGGUAUCUAGAACUGCACCUAUGCACUAAUACCAAAGUAAUCACAGUUGCUGUAAAAUCCUGCGUAUUUGAAAGCCGCCUUUAGCUGCCAAAUCUGUUACGAUAUAUACAUUUAAAUUAUAUAAUUACAGCCUGGGCUGUCGGGAGUUUUCAGUACAUUUUCCGCUCAGUUACAGUCUGUUACAGACUUCGGUGUGAAAACGUCAGGCAGAUAUUGCAGUAGCCACCUCAUGUUUAUUUAACAGGAAAGUAAGCCAAGAAAUCACCAGAUUACACAAGGUACGAUCGUUAUUUUAGAGACCACACAUUUCGCAUGCGCUGCAAGUCCUCUAAUUGUGGUCACUAAACUGCACACUCACCUGCCUGCCGUUUUAGGUGCAUUUGACUUGUUUACACUGAAUAGCACAAAAACUGGAGACGAAUAAUGUCACGUGUGAGGAGGAGAGUACACAGGAUCAUCUUUAAAAAGCAUCGUGUAAAGGAACAGAAAGAAAGAAAGAUUUAAAUGUCAGGAAACUCUAAGCUUAGCCUAGCUUUGCAUAAAACUGGAAGGGGGCUGCAAAUUGAAUCCUGUUUAAAAAUACAACUACUAGUUUUUGAAGGUCACAGAUGAACACAUUUUAUAUUUAUUUCUACCCACUCAUUUUGUAGAAGGAGUUUAGGACCUUUAAAAAGACUCACCACUGGCCGUCUCAGUCAUUAUGCUCAGCUAACCUAACCUGAAGCAAAAGCAGCUCUAGUCUUCUGGUUUUAUUCUUUUGACAGCAUAUGGGGGCCAUUCUGGGUAGUUUUUCAUAAUCCACAGUUCACAAUAAUUCCUGAAUAAUUUAUUUAGGUGUCGCCCACCAGUUGAUUCUGUCUGAAACAAGCUGUUUUAGCUCCUCCCCCUUUAUUAAGUCUGUUUC